AAAGAAAACUGUUCAUUUUCAAAAAGAACCUGAACUUGUCAACAAAUCAACUUCUUCCUCUUCUGAAAUUAGUUCUUCAGUCGAGGAAAACACUCAAGAGGAGUUUAAAGAAGAAGUAAUAAUCAGGUGUCCAGGUGGAGAAGAACUUAACUUUUUGCUCCCUUCCGAUAUAAAAGGAGACGAACUUAUAUCCCUGGUAAAGUAUAAAUAUGAGGAACUUUUUGGUCAUGUAGAAGAUCUAUCGAUGAAUUUAUACGCCAUUCGUGGCAGUUCACGAGAGCUUGUCUCAGAAAAUGCAUUUGCGCUUCGCGGAUUCGGUCCUGUCGGUGACGCUUUUUCAAGGAGAAAAAGUAGCGUUGCUCUGCAGAUGCGCUCCCCGAAAGGUACCACUGAGAAACUAAAGGAACUAAAAAACACUCAAAAGCAGAAAAAUAUUGUUUUUGAAGUUUCUUUUGAAGAAAAUUACCUCGAAGCAACCGUUUAUUUAAAUGAGCAAGUUUGCAUCACUAUGACUGCCCCCGAGGGUAUUUUCGCACGUGAUUUGCUUGGUCUCGUGGAAAGUCGCUGGAGAAAAGAGAAUAUUUCGUCGGGCCAAAGUAACGUUUACAGCGAAAUAUCGUUGAGCAUACUAAUAAGAUCACCUUUAGAAGCAUUUGCACUGCCUUUAAUUGGAAAACCGCUUCUUGAAAUAAAGAAGUUGAGCGCAAGUGGAAAGUACGAGAAAGACUUGAUUGAUUUAUAUAUUAUUGAAACUAAAUUUGUAGAGGAGUACGUAGCAAACUACCGAACUGCAAAGAACAAAGAGAUUCUUGAGCUGCAUAAGAAGACUGUUCGUUCUAUUAUUAGCGCCAACGAAGACGAAGCGAUAGAGGAUUUGAUGCGCUCCAAGUUUGGCGAAGUUCCCGUUCUUCCCGAAAAGCAACCAAAACUGAUGACAAUGAGAGAAGUAAAGCAACUAACAAAGAACUGUUCAUCUGAGGUGGACGAUUUUUCAAAGAAUGAAACCGAGCUUGAAGUAAAUUUUGAAGAGCUGGACUUCCUUCGCCCCGAUGCCACGGACUUUCUCUUUGUGUAUGCGUUGCACGACUAUACAAAGAACUUUUUAGCUAAAAGUGCCUCAGAAAUGGUUGCUGCCGGUUACACUUCGCCAGAAGACUUUCUUCUUAUUUUCUAUAACACGUUACAAAAGUGUGCCAUGCGGCAGCACAACCGUUUAGGACUUUUAUCGAAAUCCACUCAAAACUAUGAAGAGCUUUCUAAAGCUCGAAAAAUGUUAAAAGACGAUAAAGGAGAACUGUUCCUAGAAUGGUUACGGAAGUUUGUGGCGAUCUUUGUUUCUAGUGUGAACUUUUCUUUAACUUUUACGGAUGAACAACUUUUAGGGAUUCUGGAAAGUUCUUCCUACUCGAGCUCUAAAGCUACUGAAAAGCACGACCUGAGCAGAAGAAAGAAAGCUCUGGAGGAGCUUAACGAGGCUUAUGAGUGUUUUGAUUGGAACCACGUCUAUCAAGGGAGAAACUGGAGCCUACUCAGCAACGUUUCACUGCAAAUGCUGCAAAGCGCCUUCAAAGUUUCCGAUGCGGAGCACUACAACAGUGUUUUAGAAGAACUUCAAUUGUUCAAUAAAAGGCCGGACUUUUAUUAUGAAAUAAUCCGAACUCGCCUUUCUGUAGCUCAAAACGACAUGCAUCCGGUCUUUACGGAAUCAAGCAUGAAAGAAAACUACGAAAGAUGGAAACUUUUUGAAGAAGAAAACUGUCGCGAACUUUAUAAUAAGGUCCAGCAGAAUAUCGCCGGCUACAAAGAGCACGUGAGACAAACACGAGUAUUGACGCGGAAGAAAAAAAGCACCGGAAGCCUAUUGGCCAGGACGCUGCGGGCGACCACGUGUCUUAUUUCCGGGAGUUUGACCGUUCUUUCGGGAUGUUUUUUAUUUUUUUUUUUACUUUUUAUUAUUUUUGUUUUGGUUUAG